UGCAUUCAAGCGUCAAAUGGAGAGGUUGGUAAAUGACUUAAAGAAUAUUGCAGAGGAUACAGAGGACAGGAUUGGGAAUAUAGAAGAGCGAGCAAACGGACUGAUAGAGAGCUCAAAUCAAAUCAAAGAAUCUUUAUCGUUGGUUGAUCUUCAUACCAACCAAGUGGCUCAUACCUUGAAAAAUGUAGGAAAUCAUGUGGAUCUUGUGUUAACCAACUCUGAAUCAAUUUAUGAGCUAUCUGCGGGGAUAGCAACUUCUCAAGGAGAACUUCGUGAAGGGCAAGGAAAGAUGCUUGAAACAUUGGAAGAAGGAAUGACAAUGCUUUAUAAUUCUCACAACAAACUAGAUCAGGACAUUAGUCACUUGGGAAAUAAAACGGUAGAAAUACGAAGUCACAUCAUUAAGGUUGGGGAUUCAAUGUCGUCGCAAUUGAGUAGUUUGCAAACCACAGCCGAAGACAUUGGGAAUGUAACAGAAGUUACUCUUGAUAAGCAAAAUGAACUUCUGGCCGGACAAUCAGCAGCUGUUGAAGGUCUUCGCAGACUGAAUGAUUUUAUGUCUCAGGCACUUCAGGAAAGCAAGGUUAUUAUGCAACAGUUAGCUGAAUUUGGUCAUAAGCAGCAAGAAGAGCUUCUGAAUCGACAAAAACAACUAGGUCAAACUCACGACCAUUUGGUCCAGAAUUCGGAGAAAAUCUUGGCAGCUCAGGAAGCCUUUGAAUCUAAGCAAGCAACCAUGUUUCUUGCAAUAGACAAGCUCUUUGCUCUGCAUAAUGCUAUUCUGCUCGAAUCCCGACUAAUCAAAACAUUCAUUGUGUACUCGAUAGCAAUUUUUAUCAUCUACAUGUUCACCAGUACCAAGCAAACAUACACCGUGAGAUCCAGGCUUUAUAUGGGGCUAUGUGCUGCAUUCUUGAUUGAAUUCAUCAUACUGAAGUACUGGACAAAUAGCAUUGAUCGUCGUGAAUCAGUGACAAAUUCGGUCAGGCUGGUGUUUAUGCUUCUUGCUUUAGUUCAGCUUCUACAUGCAAUUUAUAAAUACAGGGACUACGAGACACUGAACCAUGAGAUGCUGCUAACACUAGUAGAGAAGUUCAAUGUCAUGCAGAAGCAGAAAGACUUGUCACAUGAUAUGGACAGCGACGAAGAAUGGUCUGCAUGGAUUGAUUCCGACUUGCCAGAAGACGUCGGCCUAUUGGAAGACCCUGACUUUGUGAUUCCAGAGGAAGUCGGAGAGAAUUCGAUUGUAUCCUCCACGACUACCAGAAGAUAUAAUCUACGCAGUCGACAUCGUUAGCAGUCUUCAGCAUUUUAUGUACUAUUUAUAGUGAUGAAAAGUUUCACUUCCUUGAACUG